AUGAAUAUGGAGAAUCCUGAAAUCCUGCUUAAACGUAGACGUAAUGCUGAUGAAACUAGGUUAGCUAAACAGCAGCUAGCUGGACAGAGAAAACAUCGUGAAAAGAAAAACAGAUUUGUUAGGGCAGAAUCUAUAGUUGCAAAGACUUUAGCUACUCAAAGAGAGAAGGAAAGAGUUAAGAGGAUCAACAAAUCAGUAAAGAAUCAUCAUGGCGACAAUGAAAAAAUUUUAGAUGAAACCAAAGACGGUGCUAAAAUUACUUACGAUGGUAAACCACAACUUUUAUUCGUUGUACGUGUUAAAGGUCCACAUGCAGUGAACAUUCCACAGAGGGUUUUCAAAGUUUUACAAAUCUUGAGGUUAGAACAAGUCAAUACAGGUGUUUUCUUUCGCUUAAAUCCUACCACUUUCCAAUUAUUAAAGAUUAUUGCACCUUAUAUCGUUGUUGGUAAACCUUCAUUGUCAACGGUCAGAUCUUUGAUACAAAGAAGAAGUCGUGUUAACUGGAAAGGUUCACAAAUUAACUUAAAUGAUAAUAACAUUGUUGAAGAAGCGUUAGGUGAACAGGGUAUUAUCUGUAUGGAAGAUAUCGUUCAUGAAAUUUCGACCAUGGGUGAAACUUUUAAGCAAUGCUGUUACUUCCUACUGCCAUUCCAGUUAGCAAGACAGGUUAGUGGAUUUAGCGCUUUGAAAAAAUUGAAAAAAUUGGAACAGAGACAAAAGGAAAGACAUUUAUCCAAUGCUGGUAAUGCUCCAUUGGUAGAGAUUGAUAUCGAUCAAUUGUUGAGCGAAAUGAAUUGA